AGCAUUAAGUCUAAGUGAAGAUGUCGGAGAUCCUGUGCAGGUGGAUCAACUCUGAGCUGGGACUAUCAAAAACAGUCGAGCCGCUGUCCCUGGCCAGAGAAUUCUCUAACGGCUACCUGUUUGGUGAAGUUCUGCACAAACACCAGCUCCAGCAGGACUUCCACCUCUUCUCCAAACACAGCACAGCCAAUGCCAAGCUAAACAACUUCACGCGUCUGGAGCCCACGCUGCAGCUCCUGGGCGUGCCCUUUGACCUGGGCAUGGCCAAGGCGGUGAUGCAGGGCCAGCAGGGGGCGGCCACACGCCUGCUGUACCAGCUCUAUAUCCUGCUGCAGAAGAAGAAGCGCCUGGGGCUGACGGGCACCAUGCUGGAGACCAUGCAGCCUGCGGCGGUGGCCAGACUGCACCGAGUGGAGAAGCAGAUCUACACCCAGCGCUUGAGGGCGAUGGUAAAGCGGGAAGCAGAUGUGAAGAUGCAGAAGAUCGCACAGAGAUUUGAUAAGAGAGGACGCGAAGCCUACAGCCGCUCAGUGAUCGCUGAACUGGAGCGAGAGGAGAGACGGCGCCACCUGCAGGAACAGAUGAGACUGCAGGACAUCCAGAAGCAUCGACAGGCACGUAAGAAGCAGCAGGAGAUCAUGGACCGUAUUCAGACAGCUGUAGUACAGGUCCCCAAACCACCGGCGAGUCUCUCUGUCCGAACAAUGAGUAAACACAGACCACACCAGAACCUGGACCUUCAGAAGGUUCAUCAUCAGAUCAGUGAAUUUGAGAAGAACAUGAAGAGACUGUCUCCUGCAUCCUGUCCAGCCUCCGUCAGCGUACAGCUCAAUGACAUGAUGAUGGAAGACUGGAGCAGUGCAUACGUUCAGAAGAUCAGGCAGCGCUUGGAGGAGGACGCCACGGCACGGGAACAGCGAGAGAAACGUCGCCGCCGAGCGCUAGUCCAGCAGCUGCACGCACACCAGAGCCACGAGGAGAUGUUGCGGGAGGAGCAGCUGAUGGCGCGGCUGAUGCGUCAGUCUCAGCAGGAGAAGCGGAUCGCGGUGCAGUUGAUGCAGAUCCGGCAGCAGAAGGAGGUUCUGAGGCAGAACCGCAUCCUGAGGGAGCGACAGAUCCAGGAACAGAGGCUCAGGGACUUCCAGCAGGCUCUCGACCGAGACGCGGCUCUGCUGCAGCAGGACCGGGUUAAUCGGGAGGCGGAGCUGUGUAAAGAGCGGGAACUUCACCAGCGUCUUGCUGCUGAGCGCGCUCACGCCAAACACCUCAAACACUUCAACAUCUGCAGGGGGAUUCUCGACCAGAUCGUGGACCUGGCAACCAAAGCGGGAGAAUACCGUCUGCUCACUGCUAAUCGGAUCCCUGUGAAGAUGAUGAGGGAGUGGAAGGAGCUGUGGUUGAGCGGGAAGCCGCUGUACGAGUCGAGCCCUGAGGAGGACGUCGAGAUGGAGAAACUCCACAUCCUCAACGAGCAGGACUACAGCGACUACACCAGUAUGACGGGGGAUUGGACUUGGCUGAAAGAAGGUGAGAGGAAAGCUCCGCCCCCCAAUAACGACGUCCUGGGUCACAUUGUCAGUCAUCUGCGACACCUGGUUAACCCACCUGAGCUGGUAGCUCCGCCCCCCGCCCUCCCCCACUACACUCUCAAAGCCUGCGUCCUGGGAAAGGCCUGCUCUGGAAAGACCACCUGCCUCACCCGGAUCAGCCAGGUUCAUGGGCUCCAGGUUCUGUCAGCUGAUGCUCUGGUCCAGGAGGCGCUGGAAGCUCACUGCUCUGGAGAACCCGAGAGCGAGGUGGAUACAGGAAGCAGCGACGACCCCCAGCAGGAAGCGGAGACAAAUGAGGGGACGGUGUCAAUGUCCACUUCACACACAGAGCCGGGAACUCACACACACUCCCAGAGCCUGGAGCAGGGCUUAAAGUCUUUGCGAGCUGAGCGUGGUGCUGCCAUGGUGACGGCUCUUACAACAGGCCGAGGUGUUCCUGAUGACCUGCUCAUCGACAUCGUCACAGACGCCAUCAGGAGGGUUCCGGCAGAUCAGGGAUGGGUUCUGGACGGGUUCCCCAUGGAGCUUUCUCAGGCUCGGCUGCUGGAGAAGGCUCUGGGCGGAGCUGAACUGGAUCAGGAACACGCGGAGGGGCGGGGCAAGAGUCACGAACUGGCAGUGGACAGAAACGCCCCUCAGGCUCCGCCCCCAGCCUUACCUGUCCUGCACCUGGCCGUGCUGCUGGAGGUGUCGGAUGAGCAGGUUCUGGAACGACAUCAGCACUUGAAGGAACGAGAGAUAAACCCCGAGCACACAGAGAGGAGUCAGGAGCAGGUCCAGCACAGGAUCCUGGGUUUUCAGGACUCGUGGCCGAGGUUGGAGACGUGGUUUGGGGAGACACAGAAGAUCCUGGUGAAGGUGGACGCAGGUGUAGAUGAGGACACGCUGUACAGAAGGGUGGAGGCGGAGCUCUUACACGCCAUGCACACUGCCGCUAAGACAGGGACACACACAGAGGACGACACUACAUCAGACACUACAGACGGACAGAAAGCUGAAUCAGAACCACACGGUAAGUCCAGGAAGGUGUCAGCUGAAGAGGCCCCGCCCCCUGAGCCUGGCUCCGCCUCCUGGGUGUACGUGGAUGAGCUGUUACCCAAGGACAUGUCGGAGAACCUGCUGUCACACUGGGAGAUCAUAUGCAGCUCAUACGUCUCCAAUGUUAAAGCAGUGCUGCAGAACCUGCGCAAGGAGCGAAACCUCAUCAUACACCACCUCUACAACAUCAGAGAGGAAUAUAAACAGUACCUGAUGAGGAUGGACCUGAAGCAGGACUUUGUGAGUGCGUGGCAGCGAGAAUAUAACAGUGUGUCAGACGACAUGAGACACGAAGAGGAGACCAAAUCAGAACUGCACCAGAGACUGGAGGAUCUGCGUGAGCGUCUGAAAGAUAUCUGUGAAAAAAGAAAAGACGAGGCGCUGCAGGAGAAAGCAGCAGUUACAGAAGACGGCUGGAUCGAGACUCACACUUCUGUUCUCAUUAACCACUACUGCAUUCUUAUACAGGUGGAGGUAGACAGGUUCCACUACACUCUGCGUCUCCUGAAGGAUUAUUACUCAGGGAUGUACAGGGGCGUUGUACCUGAAACAGCACCUGAAGUCACCUGCAUCAUGCUGCUGGAUAUCGCCGACGGCAACAGCAACCAACCUGAGAGAACGAAGAGCUCUACAGGUUCAGCUGCAUCUGAGAGACUUACGAAGAGCACUGGGAAAAAAGACACUGAGUCUGAGGAUAAGAAGAAGCCCAGAGUGCCCUCCUCGACAGACUCCUCCAAGCUGAAGGACACUGUCCACCCUGAUGAGAAGCUGCUGCAGGACGCCCAUCACACUGCUGUCACAGCUGUCACACAGCUGGCGAGAGCGGAGCUGCAGCGGUUGGUGCAGGAGGAGAGUGAGGAGGUGCAGCCGCAGGUGGAGAAACCGGCACAGACCCCCGCCCCCGCCCCACAGUCCGCUAAAGACAAGAAGAAAGGGGCCAAGAAGAAAGAUCCCCCCUCCCCCCCUCAGGAGCCCGUCCUGCCCCGCCCAGUGAAGGAGAGUGCUGAGGAAGUGCAGAAGAAGAAAGUGAGGAACAGAAUGAGACAGGAAUACAAAGCUGCACUACAUCAUGAGGAGCGCUCUGUAUGUGUGUGUUUGGAUCGGGUGAAGCUGCAGUGUGUGGAGACGUUGCGAAGCCUCCAGAGUCGAGCAGAAGUGUCUCACAGAGAGAUAGAGGAGUGGGGCGUGGCUCGCUUCCUGUCCGAGGUCAACAGUGUUGAUCAGCUGACAGACGUCGUCAGUCACCACAUUGAGAGCGAGUCACUGAUCACACACGAGCUCAUACUGGCGUCCAACGUCUUAUACAUUGAUGGAGACACACGUGUGGUGGAGACUCCGCCCCCUCCGGCUCCUCCACCCCCUACUGAAGUGACCAAUCAGGGCUCUCUGUCUCUAACUGUGCAGCAGCUCUACAGCCUGCAGUCCCACCUGCUCAACGUCGCCCCCACAGGUCUGGUGUCCUGCGUGACUUUGUCUGAGGUUCUCACUCUCUCGGUGGGUUCAGAUCUUCUGUCUGAUGCCUGGAUGCGACUCACAGACCCACAGGACUAUGAGAUGAUGGAUUGGCGUCAGUUCCUGUUGAGCGCCGCCCGCCCCUGGCCCCUCCCCUCACAGACACAACUAAUAAACACACUAACACGCUUCAAGGAGAUUGACACGGCAGGGGGCGGAGUCAUCACACUGCAGCAGUAUCUACAGGUGGAGUUGUGGUUUCCCACUCAGAGAGAACGUCCUGAUCCUGAUGAUCUGACUGAACCUCAACCCUACGACAGACUAAACAACCUUAGGAAGUUGUUCUUCACUCUGUUCUCAGACUCCGCCCACUCUCCCCCCGUGUGUGACUACAUGAACAUGCUGCUGUAUUUCUGCUCUCAUCCUGAUCCAGCACGCGGCUUCACCAGAGCACUGAGUCUACUGACACAGCACACACUGCGCUACACACACACACACACCAUCGGCCUGCUGCAGUCCAAUGUCACAGGCGAUGUGUGUGAUGAUGAAGAGGAGGAGAGUGAGGGUGAUGAAGGUGGUGUCUCAGUGGAUGAUGUAAUCAGAGUCGUGAAUCGCAGAGUCUCAUCUCAACAACACACCAAAAGUCAGAACACAGAGGAGCUGCGGCAGGAUCUGGAGGAGGUGUUCAGAAACCAUGGCUUUAAUCCUGAGGAGAAAAUGCCGUUCCAUUUGCUUUCCCAGCAGUCUGUUGUGCAGGAGCUGAUGGAGUCAUCACAGUACCUGCUGGCAGACUUCUCCAGAGCCGUGGAGUCUCAGCAUGUCUCAUCAGUAGACGAUCCCGGCAGUGAGAAGACGUCUCACACCUCACCAGGAGCCGAGUAACUCCACGUUCCAGUGUACACAUAUACACACACACACACACACAGCAUUACACCUGUAGUCACUCACACACACUUUACCUGGAACUGCUUUUGUGAGUUUAUUACUGAAAUGACUUUCAGCUCAGUCCAGUGAUUAGCAUCAACCCUUCAGCUUAGCAUUAGUGCUAAUGACUGUGAUGUAGCUAACAGAUGCUAACAGAGAUAGAUUUAACACACACACACACACACACACACAC